AAGCGAGAGGAAAGAAGAAGAAGAAGAGGUUAAUUUGUAGGAAAAAAACUUCCCAGUGGCUCCUACUUUCUUUCGAGUUUGGAACGAAAUGGGGCAGCAAAAGGUGGUGAUCAAGAUCACCGCCAUGAGCGACGUCAAGUCGAAGCAGAAAUCGAUCGAGGCCGUUGCCGACAUCUACGGAGUCGAUUCGAUCGCAGCCGACAUGAAGGAGCAUAAGAUCACAGUCAUAGGUGAGAUGGAUCCAAUAGCAAUAGCCAAGAAACUCAAGAAAAUUGGCAGCGUAGAGAUAGUUUCAGUUGGCCCAGCCAAAGAGGAGAAGAAGGACGAGAAGAAAGAUAACAACAAUAAUAAUAAUAACAAUAAUACUAAGAACGGUGAUAAGAAGAAUGGGAAGAAGUAGAGUUUUAUUUAAGAAUGGCCGAGUUCUCAGAUGCAUGUAGCUGCCAAUGUACAAUUUUGAUGAAGAGAGAGAGAGAGAGAGAUAGUAGAGUAGUAUCCUUCUGUUUGAUCAACAUAUUGUGAGGUGAAAUACAAGUUCUACAAUGGCCAAAACUUGACUGCA